AUGCUAGCCGUCUACCUCAUCUUGCCCAUUCUUAGCGUCACCGUCCCCUUCGCCAUCAUUUUUCGGGCCGUGAUUGCUUAUCUCCAGGAUCCCAAGGGCUUCCGCAAGUACCCAGCACAGAACUGGCUUUCUGCCUUCACAAAACUAGGAUAUUGUUGGGAGCUUGGGCGUAAGCACCCGGUUAUACACUCCCGCCGUCUGUAUUUGGACCACACAACAAAGAAGCAUCAAGUGAUCCGUCUAGGCCCCAACUGGAUAUCUUUUGGUCGUGCUCGUGCUGCUCGCGAUAUAUAUGGGUUCAACUCAACAUGCAAGAAAUCUGCUAUUUACGACCAGCUGUCCGACGGUGGUGGUGCACAUCUCGCAAAUAUCAGUGAUAAAGAGUUGCACAAGUUCCGUCGGUCCAUGGUCGCCCAUUACUAUGCACCGAAGUAUCAGCAAUACUGGGAGGAGAAGUGGAUCAUCGACUCCUGUGCGGACUUCAUGAACGCGAUAGACACGAUGUGCACUGCGAAACCAGCGUCAGACUAUGAGACACCCAAUCCCGACGACCUCAAAUUGGAUCUGGUCCACUGGGGGUAUACAUAUGCCUGUGAAGUCAUGGUCAAAAUUGGGUUGAGCAAAGACUUGCACUUGUUGGACCAGGGCAACAACAACAUCGAAAUCCAGGAUUCAGACGGGACAAAGAGAGAAGUCAGCAUCGUCCAGUCUCUUCAUUGCGCUGGACGGGCAGCAGCCAAUGUUGUCUGGGAUACCAAACGCUUUACCAUGUGGGCAAAUUUGUUGAAACGCGUUUCAAAGGAAUACGCGCAUAAUGCCCAGGGUGGUAGUGAUUGGCACGCGGCAAUGACAAAAUUAGUGCUCGAGCGUAUCGAUCGAUUCAAAAAUGGAGAAAAGUUGAAUGAUUUAUUUGUCCCUUGGUUGGAAGACAAGCAAGGCGACGAACCGAAUAUCAACACUCGCGACAGAAUUGCCGGUAAGUCCUAUCUUUCAAGCAAGUGUGCUCGGGUCUUGGCUAUCUUGAAGUUGAAACGCAUCUGGUUAGCCAAUAUUGUUUUUAAACGCAGCCAGAACCCGCUUUCAGCUCCUGAAGUCGAGCAGAUGGUUGGUGCUGCAAUCGAUGCUCCGGGUGGCUCCGUGGCAACCAUAAUCUAUAAUCUCGCCAAAGACCCACGAACGUUCCGAAAAUUGCGAGAUGAGCUUGAUGCCGGCCUUCCAGCCAAACGUACCGUUGCAACAUGGCAGCAGAUAAAAAACAUGCCCUACUUGAAAGGUUGUGUUGACGAAGCAAUGCGUCUUCACCCACCCGUCGCGACGGAUUUAAUUCGACGAACGCCGCCGGAGGGCGUUACUAUCGAUGGAGUUCGCGUGCCAGGCAAUACUGACAUUUCAAUUUCCGCGUAUACAUCGCAUCGUGACCCUGACGUUUUCCCCGACCCAGAGAAAUGGUACCCAGACCGAUGGAUAGAAAAUAGGGGUACCGACUUAAUGAAAGAGAUGCUGGCUUGCUGGAUCCCUUUUAGUGCCGGUUACAGAACCUGUAUGGGCCGCAAUGUGUCAAUAGUCAUCCAGGCCUGCGUGAUUGCAACGUUGGUCCAUAACUAUGACUUUGCGUUGCCAAGCAAGGACUGGGAACUGCCAUUCGAGGAAUGGUUUAACCUGUGGCCAACAAAAUGCCCAGUGAAGGUCUGGAAACGAGAAAAUUAUGCUCAACCCCAAGUUGUGGCAUAG